AUGAUUCUCGAGCACGUUGCCGGGGGCGCUGCCCGCUUGCUUUCAAGGAACGCCAGUGCUUCUCGCAUUGAUACUCAUAUUCAUGUUUUGACGCCGAGUUACCUCAAGGCUCUCGACGAGAGCGGUGGUGACCCCUCGGGAUGGGCAACCCCCAGCUGGACACUGGAGGAAUGCGUGCGCUUCAGUGAUACAAUCGGUGCAUCAUUCUCUGUCCUCUCCGUUACAGCUCCAGGGCCUGCAAUCUUGGGGCCUACCAAGGAAGGAAGGCAUCUUGCAAGAACGCUGAACGACGAGGUUUCGGCCAUUUGCGAACAGCGACCGGGAAGAUUUGGAUUCUUUGCCAGUCUUCCCGACUUCAACGACAUUGAGGGGGCUCUCUUGGAGAUCAAGCACGUAUUUGAAACCGGACAGAAGGCCAAUGGAGUGGUCAUCAUGUCAUCAUACGGCGACAGAUUGGCUGGCGACGAUGCAUUCAGGCCUAUUUGGGAUGAGCUGAACAGGCAUUCGGCGCUCGUCUUCCUCCAUCCCAGCCAUUUGCAGAUCAAACCGGAGAAGAUUGGCAAUUUUCUUCCUCAGCCAGCGAUCGACUACCCUCUCGCAACCACACGGGCGGCUAUGUCUCUACUCGUCUCAGGCAUCAUGACGGAAUGUGCUAAAAUCGAUGUCAUUCUGAGCCACGCCGGUGGUGCGUUUCCGAUGCUCGCACAGCGUGGCAUAGGUUGUCUCGUCAAUCCUACCAUUGCGGCGCAAUCCAAGGUCAACAUGCUCCAGGCCAAUUCAGCAGCAAACCGCUUUUGGUACGAUCUGGCAUUGUCGACUGGGGAAGCACAACUCAAGGCUCUUCUGGCCACCGCCCCAUCGUCAAACAUUGUCUACGGGAGCGACUUUCCGUACGCGCCCAAGCUCGGGAUCUAUGCCGGCUUAUUACAGUAUAGCAAUUUCGUCAGAAGCACGGAGGGCGGAAAAAUUGGACCGCAGCAACUGAAUGCCAAUGCGACCCGCCUACUGCAAAAACAUGCCUCUGAGCACACUUUCCUGCCUCAAGGACAUGAAAUUGGAGCACAGACUUAUAAGCCAGAGUUCGGGCUAGAAGAGAACGAUGAUGCGAAAAAGGCUAGGGAGCAACUAGGGCACUACCUGGACCACUGA